UGCCGUGUCGUGGGUAAAAAUCCCAUUUUUUAAACGACGCAGCGAUGUCUUCUUCACGUCAGUAUUUGAGACAUUUAAUCACCGAGCGACUAACUGCUGCCGCUGAAGAAAUAUUCUCAGCCUUUGAACGAACAAUCGUCGACUACGAGGAAGAGGUGAAUCGUCAGCGCAAACUGUUGGAGAUCGUUUGCAAACCUCGAGUAAAGUUACAGCGACUAGAGCUUCCACAGCAGCAUUUCUGUAAAGAAGAGGAGGUUCUCACUGAGCAGCAGGUCUGGAACCAGGAGAGGAACCAAGAGGAACCAGAGUCAGGACAGAGUAAAGAUGAGCAGGAGGAAAUCUGCACCAGUCAUGAGGGAGAACAGCUUGAAGUCAAGCAGGAGGCGGAUUCAUUAAUGUUGACUCCUGGUAAUGAAGAAAGUGACCACAUGGAACCAGAACCAGACAGUGACCACAAGGAACCAGAACCAGACAGUAACCACCAGCUCCUCUCCCACAGCUCUCCUGUAGCUGAGAGUCAAGAUCACACAGGAAGUGACCAUGUGGAGAAAAACAUCACUGAACAUGAGGAAGAUGUGGAUCUUCAGCGCAGACUGUUCCAGAUGAAGUGGGGACCUGUAAUAAAGUUACACAGGACAGGUCUGUACAGCCAGGAUGUGGCUUCUGUUUUACUUUGUUCUUCCCCUAAACCUUUUUGGUAAAUCACAAUAUAUACAACUGAAACCAAGA